UCUUGCAGAUCCCCAUCCAGCCCAGCAACAUGGCCUGCUACGACCUGUGCCCCACCACCACCAGCAUCGCCUGCCCGCAGCCCCUCGCCGACAGCUGCAACGAGCUGUGCGCGCAGCAGUGCCCCGACUCGACGGCCCUCAUCCAGCCGCCCCCCGUGGUGGUCACCUUCCCCGGACCCAUCCUCAGCUCCUUCCCCCAGCAGUCCGUCGUGGGCUCGUCCGGAGCACCCGCCUUUGGCGGCUCCCUGGGGCUGCGGGGCCUCUACGGCGCCGGGGCCACGCUCGCCUCGGGAGGCCUCUGCACCUUUGGGCGACCCUACGCGGCGCCCUCCUGCAGCCCUUGCCCUUUGCCGCGCUACAGCAAGAAGCAGUGGGCAACCUGCGGGCCUUGCUAA